UCUACCGUCCGUCGGUCCAUCUCCUCAAUCUCUAUGCCCAUCAUCAAAGCAGGAGAUUCAAAACCGUCCUUCCGUCUCCAAAACCGUAGCAGGAGAACGAGUGGUUUGACUGAUACCGGACGAGAAGUUGUACCCGGUGGUCAAGACCAAGCCCGGCAGGAAGGAUCUCAGAUCGCGGCGGACCAUCUCAACAACGUGCGCGUGGAGCCGAUCAGGGGCCGCCGGCAGUUCCACGGCGCCAAGGAGGCUUAUCUGUCCGGCCACUUCGACGCGCACACCAUUGAGUGCGAGUGCGUCGUCCACUCCUUCAAGAACUACACCAAGCUGGAGAAUGUCGGCGCCGAGGACUACUUCUGUCGCUUCGAUUACAAGGCGGCCAAUUGGGCCUUCACCCCUGACCGUGUAGGCCUUGCUUGCUUUCUCUCUUUCUUCUUCCUGUUCUUGAUUUUAGCUUUGUGGUAA